GCAUGCGCGUUGGGUGAAGUAACGUCGCAUCUGUUUGGCUGGAUUUCUUCUUCUACGGUUUGUGGCGUCCUACGUUACGCCCGACUUCUUCCGGCUUUAGAUUUAACUGUAAAACAGCUUCUGCCGAACGAUGAUAAACAGACUGAUUUGCUUGCGCCAAUGGCAGAGGCAAGCAGGACGGUACGAGUGAGCGGCCUGCCCGCGGACGUUGAGGAUGAGCGGCUGAUCGAUAAAUUGUCCGUCCACUUUCUGCGCUCCAGGAAUGGCGGAGGGGAAAUACUGUCUGUUACUGUUGAUGAGAGCAAGCCCAACAGUGCCCUGGUCCAGUUUGAAGACAGUGGAGUGGCCCAGAGAGUCAUUCGCCAUGGCCGACACACUCUCAAAGUGGAUGGGAAGGAGUACCUGCUCUCUGUCAGCGAGCAUCACCAAAGCCUGGAUCCUAACAAGGUCAUCAUAAGUCUAACAGCGACUGUGGACUACAGUCAGAUUCCUGAGGGUAGAAGCAUAUUGACUCUUCUCCUUCGGGACCACCCCGAUGUCGAGACAAACUGUGACUCGACAAAGAAUUUGUGCCGACUGCGCGGUGCCUACACCGAAGUGCAGUCAGUCUUGGUGCAGGUGCUUGGCUGCCGUCCAACAAAUCUGCAGUCGGAGGAGCUCUCAGCCUCAGGUCGACUUUCUAUUAGUCGUUCCGAGUCUCUGAUCAAGACCCCCAGUGAGAGAGUGGACAAACGAGAUCUUACUGGUGGUUCUCCCACCCCAGAGGAAGACCUCUCGCUGAUGGUAGAUGCAGAUGUGUUCAAGUAUCUGCAGAAGCGCUAUGGCCACGACUACCAGCGCCUACAGAGUCAGCAUGGCGUCAAAGUGGUGGAUGUGACGAAUCAGGGGAUCACCACUCUGUUUCUGCAAGUAGUAACUGGCAAGGGCGGCAAGGAGCGAGAGCGAAUAGACCUCGCGAGGUCGGCAAUCAGUGAGCUUUGUCAAAAGAGCGAGAGGAGGAUCUGUCAGGCUGAGCUACGCAAGUGUGACCUCGACCCCAGGAGGGACCUGCAGCAAGCAAUGGAGACUCUAAGUGUCAGAUUUCCUGAGCUUCUUCUCAGUGAAGAUGACAGCUGUGUCUUCCUCAUUGGUGACUGUAGUGAUGUGUCCGAGGCCAAGCAGUUUCUUUUGCAGGAGCGUUGCGCGAUGGAAAGAGAAGACAUCGCCAGUCUUCUUGGAAUUCCAUCUUCUCCCCGACUGACCAAUGAAGAGCAUGACACCGUCGCUGUGUCUCAGUCUGUCUCAAGAACUCUGGAUGAUCGGAAGGCUCUUGUUCGGGAAUCAGACAAGGCGAAAAGGUCAGAAGGUGGCAAACUGUAUCAUCUGGCUGCUCGCUUUAAAGACUCUGGUCCACCACUACCGACACCUUCUGUAGACUUGUCCUUAUGCAGAACCUCAAAUCCAAGUAGACAUUCCACUCAAGAGUUGAGGUCAAAAGCAGCGGGAGACCCACAUAGAGUUUUGCGUCCAUUAAUGAAGAGUAAAACAUCCUCGGACAUUUCAGCCAAGAGUAAAAGACCCUUCUGGACCACGACUCCACUCCCGCUGCCUGGAAAAGUCCACAUGGGAUCCAAUGCGAAGAGAACUAACAGUUUUUCUGGAGUGACACAGCAGGGACGUCAGAAGAUUGAAGAUGAUUCCUUUGGGUCUCCGCCUAGAGCCAGGACCUCUCGCCUGAGUGACCAACAUGAAGUUUACCAUGCGGAAGUUCUGGUGUCCACCAUUAUGUGGCUCCAUAUUAAAGAGGUUUACAGCACCCAAGUUGAAGCCCUGACGUGCGACCUACAGCUAAACGAAGGAGGCUCGCCGGGCAGGAUACAGUCCGCCAUCGGCAUCAGUGGCUCAGAGCAGUCUGCAGUCACCGCAUGCCAGCUUGCUUUACAAGAACUGGUUGAUGCCGUAAGUCCCGAUUUCUGUGUGCACGAGCUUCACCUGUCCGAACUCGGCGUUGCUGACCUGGAAGAUGAAACCCUACAGGCUUGCUGCGCGGAAGUCCGGCGACGCUUCAAGAAGAUUACCGUCCGAGUGAUGAAGAGGAGUUUGUAUCUCAUUGGUCCUAAACGCUUGUGCUAUCAGGUGGGCGCUUCCCUGCGGGAAGUCUUUUCCGGAGAUGGCACCCAAACGGACACACUGAAAGACUGCGCCAGCCCUUCAAUAGCGAGGGAAGUAAACGAAGGCGAUCCACGAACAUUAUCGGAGAGCCAACCAUAUUCUGCAUCUCAGGAAAGAGUCUCGAACCAUAUGGAGGACAAGACUGAGCUUGUCAAUGGCGCUAACGGUCAAGAGGCAACCAGGAGAGACCCCGUCAUCAAGGAGAAAUUGGAAAGGCCAAGCAUUGUGGAUCAGGAUAGACGUAAGGUGUUGGUCCACGGAAGUAAGACAAGCCCCUCCAAUGUGAACGGCGUCUGGUCAAUGACACCUCAAAACAACAAAGCCACAGAGUCUCACCAGAAGGAAGUCCGCCCGGGUGGCAUCUGCGUGUGCGGGGAGACUGCCACCUCCAUGAACAGGACUGAGUGCGGGGUGGUUAUGUGCACCAAGUGCCUAGACGCAGUUCACAUCCAUUGCAGGGUAUGCCACAGUGGACCACCGCAACACUUGGUACCAGCGGGCAUCCGGGGCACGAUGACCCAUUGCAAACUCAACUUCAGUUUACCUGGUCACAACAAGCACGCCACCAUCAAGAUCACAUACCUCAUUCCUGAUGGUAUACAAAAGGACCAUCACCCUUCUCCUGGAAAGCCCUUCCAAGGUGACGUCUUUGAAGCCUUCCUCCCCGACUGCGAUAAGAGCAGGAAGCUGUUGCCCAGGCUGGAGAACGCCUUGCGGCAGGGCCUCACCUUCACUGUGACGAGCAAGAACGGCUCCAAGGUUACCUGGGACGUCAUCCCGCACAAAACCAGCUUGCAGGGCGGCCGGUCGGGGAACGGUUACCCAGAUUCUUCCUACUUGAAACGCCUCUCAGACAUCUUGACAUCGCAUGGCAUUGAAGAGCAAGCUUCCACGUCUUGAGACUUCACCUUAGCAUUAGAGGUUCACACGUGGUUAAAGGUAUUAGCACUUUAUAGUGUAUUAUUAGUAGUAGUAGUCGUAGUAGAGAUAAGAGGUCAUGAUGGGGAGACCUUUAGUUGUGAUAAUGCAUUUAAUAAUAUGCUUUAAAAAUAUAUUUUUCCACAAGCAAAAAUUAUGAAUUCCACAUGAACGUUCAGCUAAUUUCUACAUAGAGGCAUCGUAUGUCCUAGUGCACAGGUGUCAAACUCAAGGCCCUGGGGCAAGACCCGGACCGCCACAUCAUUUGAUGUGGCCCAGGAAAACCAAAUCAUGUGUCGUCAUGUUUCUUGCUAAAAUACCAAAAUUGCAAAUUGUGUUCACCGUUAAUAACAUUGGGAAUUACAAGCCUUUUUUGUUACCAGUCCUUCUUUUAAAAUAAAAUGAAUAAUCAUUCAUAGCAAGUUUUCAUUACCUUCUGAUUUUAAAACUAGUUAUUCAUCAAUAUGUUGUGAAUUUGUAAUACUCAUAAUCACAAAAUGAAGCAAUUAUACAUUUACAGGAAGUCCUCGAGUUACGACGUACUCGACCUACGACGUUUCGACUUUACGACGCCCGUGCCUCGUCCGCCAUUUUGUCCCCAGCACCAUAGUGUUUCUGCUUAGCUAGUGCAUAGUGCUUGUCUGUGUUUGUGUGCCGGGACUAUCUGCAUUUUUUUCACACUCUCAGCAGUAUUGGAGUGAUCUUGCGGACUUCCUCGACGUAGUCCUUGGUGCGGUAGUCAAUAGGAUGCGUGACGCCGGCUUGGCCGAUGGCCUCAUGCUUGCUGGCCGAUGCCGUGCCGAACACGGUGACGUCCUUCACCGUCUUGCACAG